CACCCCCGACCUUUCCUCAUAUUCCCAUUCUCCCAUCCAUUAUUUCUUCUCAUCCAUAAUUUCUUCUCAUCCAUCAUUUCUUCCCAUCAUGUAUUUCUUUUGAAUUCAUCUCAUCUCUUAUCCCCAGUCUCUUCCGAUGAUGGUUGAUUUCUCUUCUGCGACGUCACUCCGGUCAUGUGACGUAAGUCCAGUCUCCGACGCUCCGAUGGUCUUCUCCGGUAUUCGCAAUGGGCACCGCCGCGUCUGGUCACAGCGUGAAGAAGCAGACGCUGCAGACCCUCACUGUUGUCUCCCUGGCAGACAUCCAACGGCCGCUGCAGCAAAAACAGCGAUCCACGGAGGCAGCAGCGGCGGCCAGCGUUCUUGAUGGCGCAGCUGCACCAAAGAAGGGGGGGCUAAAACUUGACAUCCUCAACCAUUUGGAUCUGUUAUCUGAGGCUGAACUCAAGGACAUCAACCACGAUCGGGUGUUCAUAAAUCGUUUGCAACGCGAUGAGAAUAGGGUUAGAACUAUCCAAUCUGCUGCUGGUGGUGGUGGUGCUGCUACCGUCAUUUCCGGAGCGAAUUACGGGAGUGGGGAGUACUUUGGCAGGGUCGGGCUUGGCAGUGACCCUGGCAAGGGCAUGUACUUGAUUCUAGACACUGGAAGCGACCUGAGUUGGGUUCAGUGCAAGCCGUGCAGCAGAUGCUACAAACAAGCAGACCCUAUUUUCAAUUCCAACAACUCCAAAUCCUUUCAUCCCGUUUUCUGUGGUCAGCCUUCGUGUGACAAUAUCAACGACUUCGCACUCCACUGCCAAAAGAAUACCAAAAUGAAGUGCCAGUACAAUAUUACGUACGGGGAUGACUCUGAAACCGUUGGGGACUUGGCCAACGACACGCUGACGCUGAUGGGCAAGACUAGUAGUUACAUCCCGGAAUUCAUUUUCGGCUGCAGUCGCAGCAGCAAAGGGUUGUUCGUCGGGUCGGCCGGUUUAUUGGGUCUGGGAAGAGGAAAGUCGUCCCUGCCGGCUCAACUGGCCGCCACCCAGCGCCCGGGUUUUAGCAGAUCCUCGACUUUCUCCUAUUGCCUCUCAGCUGACGGCAGCUCCGACGCGCAAGCAGCGUCCUCAAUAGAUUUCGGCGAUUACGGUUCGGCUAUCAAACCAAAUUUCACCUCCCUUCUCCGGAACCGGUGGGCGAAGAGGAUGGAAAACUUCUACUUCAUUGAGCUGGAAGGGGUCAGCGUGGGAGGGUACAGGGUGGCUGGGAUUAAGCCAUCUAUGUUCAAGCCCACAGAUCAGGGUGGGCUAAUCAUUGAUUCCGGCACCACAGUCACCCGCUUGUACAAGCCCGCUUACGAUGCACUGUGUAACAGGUGCAAUUACGGAAGGAAAGGAAGAACUGAAGGAUGGGACCCAAGAGGACAAACAAGUGGCAAAUAACGGAGGAAAAAGGCGGAGCACUCGUAAUAAAAUAACUAACACUAUGCUAAAUGAUUUUGUGUGGUCCCAUAAGUAGUAUAAAUAAUUAGCCAAUUUUAUCAGAUAAGGCAUGGAAGUUGUAUGUCUUAUUCUCUU